ACGCAACACACACACUCACAUGUGGGCAGCAUGCAAGCAGCUCCCGUAGCACACCGAACUGCCAGACGCGGACGCUCUGGUGGACGUUCAGAUACCUCGACAGAGAGGUGUAGGAAGAGCCCAUCUGGAGCUCGACCGUGCAGCAGUGAUGGCUGUAGAUUAGAACAAAGGUUUGAAUCAGUACGUCGCUCAAGGUCUAUGCCGUGUGCAGGAUGUUGCAGUUCACAGCGGAUUUCAAAUAGCAAAGACAGUGAUGCCAAAGACAGCUUAAGUGCUUGCAUGUCCUGCACAGCUGCAGAGCAGUGAGGCAACACCAAUGCAUUCUCCAGGCAAUUGUUCGGGGACAAGCACCAGCAGUACCAUCACAGUUCUGUCGCAAGCGACCACGCUAAACUCUCCGCCUGUGAUGUCUUCAUUGCCAACAGAUGCAGAGGAGUUUUUCGAAGGAGGAGUGGAGCUUUCCCCCAUGAAGGUGGAUUCGUCCGAAGAUCUCUUGCGCUUGACCACACAGCCACUGUCAAUGCUAGACUCAGACGAGGCUCUUCAGCAGUUUUGGCCGCUCGUAGACCGCGAUUUGCCGAAGGCUCUCUUCCUAGAUUACGAUGGCACCCUGCGGGAGUUUGAAACGAGGCCAGAACUCGCUGUUCCAACAGACGAGCUCCUGAGUCUUCUUGCGGCGUUGAAUGAUCGACCUGACAUCAGGUCCCAUAUCAUCAGCGGCCGCGAUUCCAGUUUUUUGGAAACUCACUUCGGAAGCCUCAACAGCUUCACGCUGAUUGCGGAGCAUGGCUAUCACAUCUCUCCGCCGACAGAUGGAAACUGCCAGCGCAAGUGGGAACUUUGGGAACACUUUGGUGGGGAUGCAAAGAAUUUCGCAGUUCACCGAAACUGGAAGGCCACGUUGCGCGAGGCAAUGUCUAGCAUCGUUGCGGACAACCCUGGAAGUAGUAUCGAGGAGAAGCAAUCAUCAUUGGUAUGGCAUUACAGAGAAUUGGUGGAAAAGGAUACGGAAGCUUCCGUGCAGCAGGCUUGGGCGCGACUUAGCCAGCUUUGUGCACGAGAGCACUUAAAGGACGUCAACAUCUCCAUUGGGAACAAGUACUUGGAGGCGUCCUACCGGACCGUCCGCAAAGGACUGGUCAUGCGCCGGUUGUGCGAGGAAAAGGCUCUCUUUGGGGAGCCAUUUGCAGCCGUCCUGGCUGCGGGGGAUGAUGUGUCCGAUGAGACCAUGUUUGAGGCGGCGCCGCCGGACUACCUCACCAUCAAGGUUGGUGAUGGUCAAACCCUUGCCAGCUUUCGAGCUGGAACACCUCAUGAGCUGAGAGAAUUUCUUUCACGCUUCUAGUCGAUUUGAGCCGCCUGGGAGCCUGGCUCAGGUGUCGACUGCAGGUCCCCAAACCCUGAACAAGAAUGACCCGUCGCGUGAAACCUGUGUCGACUGCAGUCCGAGAAAAAAAACACAUUCAUCCAAAGCCUCAAGCGCGCCUCGGGUGUUCUACUUCGCGUGGCGAAACGAAGAUGACAUUGUGAAAGUGUUUACCCAGACGCUCCAAACAGCCCGACUGGUCCUUGAAAACCAUAGGGAUUGGUUUGGGUCCAGACCCCUCCAUAUGAGGGUGCAACCCCUGCGUAUGAGGGUCCAGGAGUGUCUGGGUAGUUGUUGUUAUUUUCAAAUCCACGCCAUCUUGACAGCAACUGCCUGAGCGAGCUGAACCUUCUUUCCUCUUCACAGAUUCUGGUGCAUGAUAGGCGAGUGGCAAGACCAUAUGGCUGCAUGUAUAUAGCGUUAAAAGAACUGAUGCAUCAUAAGUGAUUCGUGCUCACCAUGAUUCUGUCUUCAUGAUGAAUCAGAAUCCACAGUGGUACCAUGACGCUUCAGCGAUCCCGAAGGGUCUUUUUCUGCCGAUUCAGGUGGAUUGCAGUUGAUGAGACCAUGGAACAGAAAUGGCCUCAUGGCACUGCAAGUGUUCUCAAGGUCUGCUGCGCUUUGCUGUGUGACAAUCCACUCUUUCGUGGAUCAAUUUGCUGGUCGGCUUGGUGAAAACCACGUCCUUGUAGUGAAAUCACGUCUUCGUGCUCGUGUCGACACAGGUGGCACUCUGAGGUGGAGAAUGACAGUGCAAUGUUGUUCUCACCAUGCACAUAUUCUGUAAACAUUUGUGUGGUCAAAUUCAUAAAGUGGCUC